CACAGACGAACUAGUUGAGAUGUUUGAGGUAUUGUAAUGUCUAAGUCACUGGACUUUUGACUUGGCAUUUUUAUAUGAAUCUUUCGCACUUCGAAACAACAAAGUCGGAAAGGCAACUUCGUAAAACACGUUACGUUUUGUCGUUUGGAUAAAUUGUGUAACUCUUUAGAAACUCUUUUAGAAAUUAGCUGGAAGACGCGUUCUGACACGCCCUGCUCGCCAGACAUUUGCUCUACAUUUAUUUUAGAGAUAGCUAGGUCUUCUUUAAACUUCGUUGUUGAGAAAAGUCUAGAGUCGUAGAGUCUAAACUUGGAGUCUAUUUUUUGUGACUGUGUUUUGAGUUUAGUUUAGUUCUCAGCAUUGUCAGUCUGUCUUGCUACCACGACAAACGACAAAACACGACGAGACAAACGACAAACACGAGAUUCAGCGGAACACAAAUACAGAAAUCUCAUCGAUCAUAUUCAUUCAAGUCAGAUACAGCUCAACAAAAACACAACAUGUUGCUUUUUCUGUUCUUUUUAUUUAUGUACGGUGUGUCUGGUACAGAGACGGAUAAAUCUGAGCCUGUGCCCGUAAUGGAGGGAGAUUCUGUCACUCUACACACUAAUCUGACUGAAAUACUCAAUGAUGAUACUAUUCUGUGGCUGUUUGGACCUAAAGAAUCUUUCACAGCUCAAAUAAGGAGAAAGGACGAGUUAACUUCAUUUUCUGUCACCGAUGAUAUGUCAUUCAGAGGCAGAUUACAGGUGAACGAAAACACUGGAUCUCUCACCAUCAGGAACACUAGAAUCAGACACUCUGGACUAUAUAAACUCUCCAUCUCUAGAGAAAAGACUAUGACAAAGAUAUUUAAUGUUACUGUCAGUGACAUGGUUGGUGAGACAGAGGCAGUGAAGUCAGAGUCAGUGACAGAGGGAGAGUCUGUCACUCUACACACUGAUGCUGAAAUGCACAAAGAUGCUCUGAUGCUGUGGAGAUUUGGAGAUAAAGGCGUCAUCCUAGCUAAAAUUGAUACUGAAGCUAAAACAUUUACAUUAAACAAUACUGAUGAGAAAUUCAGAGAUCGACUGCAUCUGAGUCAGAAUGGAUCUCUGACCAUCACUAACACUAGAACCACAGACUCUGGACUUUAUGAACUUCAGAUCAGAGGCAGUGAGAGCUCACAGCGAUUCCUUCUAUCUGUCACUGCCAAAGAUCCAGGUCUUUCUUCGGGUGAUAUAGCAGGAAUAUCUUUGGGCGUUUUAGUUCCUGUUCUGCUUGUGGCUGCAGCUUUUGCUCUGCUUUACUAUCGCCGCAGAAUCUCUAAAUUAAAAGGGCAAAUGGCUGUGACAUGUGAAGAGAAAAAAGAGACCGUGAUGGAGGGAAAAUCGGUCACACUAAAAACCAGUCUAACUCAAAUCCAGAGUACUGCUAUGAUCCAGUGGUGCUAUGAAGCUGAAGACAAUCUCAUUGCUGAAAUCAAUGGAGGGAACAGAAGGACAUUGCCAGGUGCUGAUGGGAGAUUCAGUAGCAAACUAAUGCUGAAUGAGAUAACUGGAGAUCUCACGAUCAAUAACAUCAGAACCAUCCACUCUGGACUCUAUAGACUAAAGAUCACCGGCAGCAGAGGAACCAUAUACAGUCUUACUGUCAAUGUGAGUUCAAUGUCAGUGAAGGCUGGAGAUCUUGCCCUUCUCCCGACCGCUGCUACAAUACAGCCAGGUGAUCUGAUACUGUGGACGUUUGGAGCCGAAAACAGUCUCGUUGUUAAAACUGAUUUAAGAACGACUGAUAUUAAUGAGAGAUUCAGAGACAGACUGGAGCUGAACAAUACGACUGGAUCUCUGACCAUCAAAAACAUGAGACCUACAGACUCGGGACAUUUUAAACUACAGAUCAUCAACAAAGAACACACUACAUUCAGCAGAUUCAAUGUGACGGUCACUGAUUCCUCAGCAGACCGAGUGGAUGGACCAGCAACUGUGAAUUUACCGCUGUUGAAUGAAGAUUUUUCUGAUGGAGAGAAUGAGCAGCAGAGUUCAGUGUGAUGCGAUAAGACACGCCCACCAGUGUCAAUCACUAUGACAUCAACAAUCAAACUCAACAAAAGAUUUCUGCUUUAUGAAAGUGAGAAAUAAACCCGUGUGCAGGAAAAAGUCAAGUAUUCCUCGCUGCAGACUGUAACGCGGUGACGUCACGUAUUCGAGACACGCAUGUGUUAUCAUGCAUGCGCCACAGCUCAGUGUUGGGCGCGGCUUUCUUUGGCCAAGGACCACCCAGAAGCCGUUUGAAUGACAUGUAAAUCAACCAAUCAAAUUUCGUUUUGAAACGAUUUUUCUCCAGUGCUGUGACGUAUUUCCAAGUGAAACGGAAUA